UAAAAGUGUCCAUUAGGCAUAUAGAUUGAUCCAACUCCUUGUUUUGGCUGUCUUGGAAGACUUUUUCCUACUUGUCAAUUAAAUCUGACAAUAUUUUUUGCAGCCAGGACGUCAGAUUUGUUUUUGAGUUGAAAUGUUAGCACUGAACUGGUCAUCCCAGUGAGCUUCAGACUCUACCAGUAUCAACAGUAUUUCAGAAACUCUAAUUUCAGCAUUAUCUUCACAUAUUCCCAGCGUUACAAUUUAGCCAUGCUAAUUACAACAUAUGUCAAAAGGAAGCCCUGUGACUCACAGAAUAAUUGCCAGAGAAGACCUACAUUAUCCACUCCAGCUGUGCCUAAUAGCCCUUGUGCGUAAAAGGAGCGUAAAUGGACCCCCGUGGCGCAAUGGCGCACCACCAGUGAAAACGAGCUGCUAUCUGUUCUCUAUCAGCAUUUGAAUAAUUCAGCAGUGAGGUGUGGACUACCUGCUCACCUUAGUGUUCAUCAUUAGUAAUAAUCCAGGCUAGAAGGAUUCGGAUUUAUAUUUUUAUGCGGAGACGUUUGGCUGAAAUUACGCACAGUUUGGCGAUGAUGGAGCUUGUUAAACUUGUUAUAAUAGUUCUGCUGCUUCUCACAAGUGUUUUCUGCCAAGAAAUGGAAGUUGACAACUGGAGAGAAGGCAUCGAAGAGAACAAGUGGCCAAACUCAGGUGUAAUUCGAGAUGUAUUCGUGAGAAUGAGCAGAAAUCCAGGAUCUCAAGUCUUUCCGAGAGUCAUUGAGAAGGACUCAGCAAAAUCACAGAGAUCACGUAAACGGAACAGAUUUCAAACAUUUGUUGGACUGAUGGGUAAAAGGAGCUUCGAGGAUCAAGGAGCGAUGUGAGCUGCACAGAAGAUUAAGAAUCUGCUCGUUUAAUUUAUUAUUUUUCAUUCCUGGCGAAAACUUGUAUUUUGCGUGUUACUUGUAUCAUUGAAUACAUUUAAAUUUGAGUCGAGUUUGCCACUUUUUCAAAAGCUGAGCAAUUAGCGCCAUCUGGUGUUCAAAUAACAUGGUGAAAUACUGUCUGUAUCUAACAGUAUAAUGACAAGCAGUCCUGUAAGAGAGAAAAAAAAAGCAUCCACACGUUUUCAUAAUAAACCAUUUCACUCCUCGGUAUCAUCACAGGUUUAUUAAGUGACUUUGUACAAUACAAAUGAAAAAUAAAAUUAAAAAUACAGAGAUGGAGUACAUAGCCAAAGCAAA